AUGCUGACCGUUGUAUUGAACAAUGUGAUAGAAACUCCUCCAGACUUCGGACAAAGUGGAAAUGCUCAUUUCAAUAUACCAGAGAACUCCCCCAGCGGUACUCAAGUUGGCAAAGUCAACGUCGAGGUGACUGAUGGCGAUAUAGAUACUAUUGUUCUGUUCAACUUGACUAAAAUUGGAACCCCGUUUCGAAUUCAUUGGCCUCCGAACAAUACACCUCACAGAUACUUAAAGGGGGUAAUAUCGGUACAAUACCCAGAACUACUGGACUACGAGAUGACCCCAGAUUAUAAUCUGACAGUGACAGCCACGAUCGUAGGCACAAACUUGACAUCUACUACAACGGUUUAUAUCAAUGUCACCGAUGUGGAUGACAUGUUCCCACGAUUUGACCAUAGGAACGAAUACGUCAUAACAGUUCCUGAAAAGAAAUACAAUCGACAUAAAAUCGCUACAUUGUUGGCCGAGGAUGAGGAUACAGGACCUAGCAAAAGUCAUGAUAUUAACUACUCCUUAAUAAGAGCUUUCCCGGAGACGUCACUGUUCGAGGUAGUCAAUACAACAGGACAGGUGCUCGUUACAGGAACCUUAGACCGGGAGACAUGUGACAAUUACCUUCUUCUUCUCAAGGCGUACCAGGUGGACAAGCCGGACCUGAGGAUGGACGUUGCCACACUGAAUGUGACGGUAUCAGAUGUUGAUGACAAUCCUCCUGUGAUGACUCAGACCAGUUAUGAAGUUAGGAUCCCAGAGAAUACACCUAUGGACGUUGUCGUCUUCACGUUCACUGCUACAGACGCUGACAAGGGAAAGAACGCAAAAUUCCAAUACAUGAUUGAAAAUCAAGGAAGUAUUGAUGCAUUCAAGAUUGAUUCUGCAUCCGGUGUUUUACGUGUGAACAAUGGCAGCUUUCUUGACCGGGAGACGCACCCUAAUUUGACCUUCAGUGUAUUGGCGGAGUCUACUCAGAACAGCAGUAUACGAAGUCAUGAGGCGAACGUCACUAUUAUUCUUCUGGACGAGAAUGACAACAGCCCGAAGUUUUCCUCUCCUUUCUACACUUUCACUGUCAACAAAAAUAUUUCCAGCCCCUGGUAUAUUGGCGCGGUAUAUGCAAAUGACAGUGAUGAGUCCAACAAUGGUAAUGUGGUGUACCAACUGAGAGGAAAUGAAUCUCGGCGAUUUACCAUCAGUAAAGCGGGCUCGAUAAAUGCUAUUGCGUCACUAGCUUCCGACUACCAACCCUGGUACAGGUUUACUGUCACUGCUAGUGACAAUGCUAAAUUUAAAAGGCAGACGUCUGUUCAAGUGGAAUUACAAGUCAUAGAUGUAAAUGUUAAUAAGCCUUACUUUAUGAACAUGACGAAAUCCAUAUCUGUUCAGGAGGACAUCGAUGAAGGAAGCGAACUUCUAAUAAUUCAGGCGUAUGACGAGGAUCCCAGUGAUGAUCUCACGUUCAUGCUUCAUAACGUAUCGGACUUUAUACUUAAAGGUGUUGACACCAGAAAGUCGAAAAUUCUAGUAAAUAAAGCGUUGGACAGGGAGACUAGACCAGAUGGUUACAAUCUGACGGUGACAGUAACGGAUUCCCUGCAUACUGCAACCGCCACUCUGUCUGUCACCAUAGAAGACGUAAACGACAAUGCGCCCGUUUUUCAGUACCCAGACUAUAAUUUUGCCGUUUUCGAAGGCGUUCAUAACAAAGUGAUUGGAAAUGUAACAGCAACCGAUCAAGAUAUCAAGAACAACGGGUUGCUUCAUUAUUCGAUUGGACCUACAUGGUAUGGAAACUUCAGUAUAACACAAACGGGAGAAAUCAUGGUCAUAUCAGACCUUGACAGAGAAUCGCUGAAUGCAACUUCGGGUAAAAUUGUUCUACUGGUAUUCGUUGAGGAUAAGGGAAAGCCCCCUCUAAUGGCAACAGCAACAGCUACUGUGCAAGUGAAAGAUAUUAACGACCACGCCCCUCGCUUCAAAAAUUUGGAAGAAAACAUCACAAUUAACGAGGGACAGAAUAUAUCCAAGCAUAUUCAGGCAUAUGACGAAGAUGAAGGUAAAAAUGGUGACAUCCAUUACAUUAUCGGGCACUCUAACAAUUCCGUACUGAAGGUAGAGAACGAUGUAUUGAUAUCUUCGUCACCGCUUACAUACGGGGUGUACGAGGUGGAGGUUAUAUCAUACAACACAGUGCCGUACACACGAACAGGACUAAAGAACGAUACCUUGACGGUGUACAUACAUGUUAAGGAUGUCAAUAAUCACGAACCGCAGUUUAACCGUACAAGUUAUAGGUUUACUCUUCCUGAAGGUUUUAGUGUUGGACACUUGGUGAACCGAAGUGUUUGUGAGAUAUAUGCGGAGGAUAAGGACGAGACUCUCGAGUAUAACACAGUAACUUACUCUAUGGUAGACAAGGACGGCUAUUUUGAGAUUGAUCCACGUGACGCUUCACUACGACUCAUUAAACCACUAGACUUUGAGGAAACAAAGCAAGUUAACUUCAAAGUGAUGGCUACUGACGGAGACCCGACACACCAACAAACUGUCAAUGUCACUGUGAAAAUCAUGAAUGUCAACGACAACGCUCCGAGGUUCUCGUCAGACAUUUAUAACUGCAGUGUGGAGGAAAAUAGUAGUCAAGCUCUGGAUUGUACCGUGCCCAUACGUGCCACUGACAACGAUACUGCGGAAGAUCGUCUUACGUUUUCCAUAGAUGGUUACAUGAAGGAUAUAUUCACAAUCAACUCCACAACAGGAGAGAUUCGUCCCACUUCACCUCUGGACGCUGACGCAGGUCCAAGCAUUUAUGUGACCGAGAUCAAAGUGGUCGAUGAUGGCAUUCCCCAGUAUACAGGAUCGGCUGUUGUCGAAGUAACUGUGACGGACAAAAACGACAACUCCCCUGUGAUUCAUGGCCCAAGUCACAUAGCUAUACCGGAGAAUUUGCCUAUGAAUACAACAGUAGCCACCAUAUUCGCCACGGAUUUGGACAUAAAUGACAAUUUGACAUUUUCAUUGUCAACAACAGGACUGUCUGCCGCAAUGAGAAAACUAUCUAUAAAGACACAAAGGGUAAAUAACAAGUUGAGCAAUGUAUUUUUCCUGAGUAACCCUCAAACCAAAUAUCCAGCGAGUGUUGGAAUUGUUUUAAACAAUGAAUUGGAUAGAGAGACUUACCCAAAAGGCUUUAAUCUGACUGUGAACGUCACAGAUUCCGUACAUACUGCAACCGCCACUCUGUCUGUCACCAUAGAAGACGUAAACGACAAUGCACCCAAAUUUCAGCACUCAGCCUAUAAUUUUACCGUUGACGAAGGCGUUCAGAACGAAGUGAUUGGAAAUGUAACAGCAACUGACAAAGAUAUAAAGGACAAUGGGUUGCUUCAUUAUUCGAUUGGACCUACAUGGUAUGGAAACUUCAGUAUCACACAAACGGGAGAAAUCAUCGUCACAUCAGACCUUGACAGAGAAUCGCUGACAGCAACUUCUGGUCAAAUUGUUCUACUGGUAUUCGUUGAGGAUACGGGAACGCCCCCUCUAAUGGCAACAGCAACAGCUACUGUACAAGUGAAAGAUAUUAACGACCACGCCCCUCGCUUCAAAGAAAUGGAAGAAAGCAUCACCAUCAACGAGGGACAGAAUAUAUCCAAGCAGAUUCAGGCAUAUGACGAAGAUGAAGGUAAGAAUAGUGUCAUCCAUUACAGUAUCGGGCACACUAACAAUUCCUUACUGACUAUAGAGAACGAUGUAUUGAUAUCUACGUCACCGCUCAGAUACGGGGUAUACAAGAUGAAGAUUAUAGCGUACAACACUGAGCCGUACACACCAACAGGACUAAAGAACGGUACCCUGACGGUGUACAUACAUGUUAAGGACAUAAAUGACAACCGUCCGGGGUUUGACAACGCAUCCUACGCCUUUUCUCUACCAGAGGACUUUGAAGUUGGGCAUUUAAUGAAUGAAAGUAGCAUACACAUACAUGCAAAAGACGAUGACAAGACUCCCGAAUAUAACACUGUCACCUACUCUAUAGCGAAUGGAGACAACUAUUUUGAGAUCGAUCCACAUAACGCCGCACUACGACUCAUCAAACCACUUAACUAUGAAAUAAAGCCACUCAUCCGUUUUCAGGUAACAGCGAGUGACGGAGACAUUACACACCAAGUCAGUGUCAACGUUAGUGUGACAGUGUCCGAUGUUAACGACCACGCCCCCGUGUUUACGUCAGCUCUAUACAACUGUACAGUCAGCGAAAAUGUUACCACUCCGAUCACUUGCCAUCCACCCAUAAAUGCUACCGACGGCGAUGGUGGAACUAACGGGGAAAUACGUUAUUCCUUAGUAGGACAAAUGAAGGACGUUUUCACAGUUAACAACAUUAGCGGAAUAAUCUACCCCUACUCGUCUCUGGACUAUGAUAAAGGCGUACGAACUUACGUAGUGUCAAUACUGGUCACGGAUAAUGGCAGACCUAAAAGGACGGGCUCGGCCAUGGUUGAAAUAACAGUGGUAGACAAGAACGACAACCCUCCUGUAAUACAUGGCCCAAGUCAGCUCACCAUUCCGGAGAAUUCGCCUGUCAACACGCCGUUGGGAACCAUAUUCGCCACUGACGUGGAUGUCAACGAUAAUUUACUAUUUUCAAUUAGUGAUACUGCAAAUUUCCGUAUCCAAAGUGACACUGGUGUACUUUUCACUCGGAAAGAGUUGGAUUAUGAAAACACGACCGACCAACUUCUUCGUGUGAAUGUCACAGUCAGUGAUGGUAAACAUAAUACAGAGUUUCCUAUUUAUGUGGCUGUAACAAACGUCAACGACGAGAUCCCUGUCUUCGUGAAUUCGUCCUUAACUCCAACGAUAUCAGAGGAUAUGGACAAUCCGUCGUUCUUCAUCCAGGCAACAGAUGCAGAUGUGGAUUCUUCGUUGUUCUACAGUAUAUCCCCACAUGUCCCAAACAUCCACAUAUUAACGAGUGGCAUGGUAACAAUAGAAGGAUCUGUCAAUUCAAGGGACAAUAAUACAAUUACAUUCAACGUCAGUGUAAAUGAUGGGAACCAUACAGUGCCGGCUACCGUCAGAGUACAUGUUAUUGAUGUCAAUGACAACGCCCCAAGGUUUGAAAAUCCUACAUAUAUCUUUGAUAUAGCAGAGGAACAAGAAAAUGUUAUGGCUGGUAGUGUGAUGGCCACCGACGACGAUUUUGGUGACAAUGGCAAACUCCAAUAUACAAUACUGCCGCCAUGGAACAGUUCCUUUAGUGUAAACCAAACAGGACAAAUUGAAGUGAUUUCCACACUUGACAGAGAAAACCUAACUUCCAGUCAAAUAACACUACUGGUAAUGGCACAAGAUAUGGGAACUCCGUCGCUUAUAUCUAUAGCCACAGUUUAUGUGAACGUGCAAGAUGUAAACGACCACGCCCCUCACUUCAUGGAUUCUGUAAUGAACAUAACCAUAACCAAGGGACAGAAUGUUUCCUCUUCCGUCCAGGCAUAUGACGAAGACGAAGGUAGGAAUAGCGACAUCUAUUACAGUAUCAGACACACUAACAAUUCCUUACUGACGAUAGAGAAUAGUGUGUUGAGAUCUACGUCACCACUUAAAUAUGGGGUGUACGAGGUGGAGGUUAUAGCAUACAACACUGAGCCGUACACAUCGCCAAUCCUUAAAAACGGUACCCUGACGGUGUACAUUCGUGUAAAGGAUAUCAAUGAUUACAGCCCGAAGUUUGAUGACACGUCCUACGCAUAUUCUCUACCUGAGGAUUUUCAAGUUGGAAACAUAGUUAAUCAAAGUAACAUACAUGCACAAGACGAAGACGAGACUCCCGAAUAUAACACUGUCACCUACUCUAUAGCAAACGGAGACAACUAUUUUGAGAUCGAUCCACACAACGCUACACUACGACUCAUCAAACCACUUAACUAUGAAACAGAACCACUUAUCCAUUUCCAGGUAACAGCGAGUGACGGAGACAUUACACACCAAGUCAGUGUCAACGUUAGUGUGACAGUGUCCGAUGUUAACAACCACGCCCCCGUGUUUACGUCAGCUCUAUACAACUGUACAGUCAGCGAAAAUGUUACCACUCCGAUCACUUGCCACCCACCCAUAAACGCUACCAACGGCGAUGGUGGAUAUGAAGGAACAAUACGUUAUUCCUUAGAAGGACAAAUGAAGGACGUUUUCACAAUCAACAGUAGUAGCGGAAUUCUCUUCCCCUAUUCGUCUCUGGACUAUGAUAAAGGCGCACGAACAUACGUAGUGUCAAUAUCGGCGACGGAUAAUGGCAGACCUAAAAGGACAGGCUCGGCCAUGGUUGAAAUAACAGUGGUAGACGAGAACGACAACUCUCCUGUAAUACAUGGCCCAAGUCAAUUCACCAUUCCGGAGAAUUCGCCUGUCAACACGCCAUUAGGAAUCAUAUUCGCUACUGACGCGGAUGUCAACGAUAUUUUACUAUUUUCAAUUAGUGAUACUGCAAAUUUCCGUAUCCAAAGUGAAACUGGUGUACUUUUCACUCGGAAAGAGUUUGAUUAUGAAAACACGACCGACCAACUUCUUUAUGUGAAUGUCACAGUCAGUGAUGGUAAACACAGUACAGAGUUUCCUAUUUAUGUGGCUGUUACUAACGUCAACGACGAGAUCCCUGUAUUCGUAAAUUCGUCCCUAACGCCAACAAUAUCAGAGGAUAUGGACAGUCCGUCGUUCUACAUCCAGGCAACAGAUGCAGAUGUAGAUUCUUCGUUGUCCUACAAUCAAUCCAUCCCACAUGCCCCAAACAUCCACAUAUUAACGAGUGGCUUGGUAACAAUAGACGGACAUGUAAAUUCAAGGGACAAUAAUACAAUCACAUUCAACGUCAGUGUAAAUGAUGGGAAACAUACAGUGCCGGCUACCGUCAGAGUACAUGUGAUUGAUGUCAAUGACAACGCCCCAAUGUUUGAAAACCCUACUUAUAUGUUUGAUGUAGAAGAGGAACAAGAAAAUAUUAUGGCUGGCAGUGUGAUUGCCACCGACGACGAUCCAGGUGACAAUGGCAGAGUCCAAUAUGCAAUACUGCCGCCAUGGACUACAAAUCUCCUUGACUUGAGUGGCGAGGAUUAUCAAAACUUAGAAGAAAUGGCAAUGUCGCAAGAGACAUCAGAAAAAACGGAGGUCAAGAUGGCGGGAAGAACUGAAGGCAAACCAUCUUUUGCCAACAUUAUAAAUGCUAGUAGCCAAUACCAUACAGAAAUGGAUCUAGCAGAAGGAUAUGGAUCGGCCAAACCAAUCUUUUUACUUGAAAAAAGAUAUUUUUGGCCUGACUCAACCGCAAAGGAAAGACUGGCUCACCCACCAGGAACUUUACAAGGCUAUUGCAGAAAAGAUAGAGGCGAACCAUGGCAUCGUAUGAUGGACUGUCCCACCAUACUGCAGGACACAACAAUUGCAACUAUACAUGGUCAUGAUGAACAAGAACUAAAUUCAGGUCCCCCGGGGGAACGCAAUGUGCAAUGUGAACAGCUAACUGACAUUGACAGGUCCGAUGAUGGCACAAGUACAUGCACAGAUGCAGAUCGCGACAGUGACUCAUCAGAUGAUGAUGAGAUACGAAAAGAGACUCUUUCGCGCGCGAGUUCGAGUAAGUCAACCCCUGUACAUGAACAGCGCAGAAAGAAGAAUGCGAAAAGAUCUAAAGGUAGAAAGAUCAAUCGUUUUUCUCUCGAAGAGUUCAUGAGCACUUCUAGUAACGUGAACGUCACCCCAAAAGACUCAAAAACAUUGCUGAAACAAUCGAGCAGAACUCCACCUUCUCCUCUAGAGGACUCCUCAAAGAAAAAAUCCAAGUUGCAGGUGCAAGUGCAGGCAUAUGACGAAGAUGAAGAUAGGAACAGCGACAUCUAUUACAGUAUCGAACACACUAACAAUUCCUUACUGACGAUAGAGAAUAGUGUGUUGAGAUCUACGUCACCACUUACAUACGGGGUGUACGAGGUGGAGAUUAUAGCGUACAACACUGAGCCGUACACACUAACAGAACUAAAGAACGGUACCCUGACGGUUAACAUACAUGCACAAGACGAUGACGAGACUCCCGAAUAUAACACUGUCACCUACUCUAUAGCAAACGGAGUCAGCUAUUUUGAGAUCGAUCCACAUAACGCCGCACUACGACUCAUCAAACCACUUAACUAUGAGAAAGAACCACUCAUCCAUUUCCAGGUAACAGCGAGUGAUGGAGACAGUACACACCAAGUCAGUGUCAACGUUAGUGUGACAGUGUCCGAUGUUAACAACCACACCCCUAUGUUUACGUCAGCUCUAUACAACUGUACAGUCAGCGAAAAUGUUACCACUCCGAUCACUUGCCAUCCACCUAUAAACGCUACCGAUGGCGAUGGUGGAUAUAACGGAACAAUACGUUAUUCCUUAGAAGGAGAAAUGAAGGCCGUUUUCAAAAUUAACAACAAAACCGGAAUUAUUCAUCCCUCCUUGUCUCUGGACUAUGAUAAAGGCGUACGAACUUACGUACUGUCAGUAUUGGCCACGGAUAAUGGCAGACCUAAAAGGACGGGCAUGGCCCAAGUCAGUUCACCAUUCCGGAGAAUUCGCCUGUCAACACGCCAUUGGGGAACCAUAUUCGCUACUGACGCGGAUGUCAACGAUAUUUUGGAGUUUUCAUUGAGUGAUAAUACAAAUUUCCAUAUCCAGAGUGACACUGGUGUACUUUUAACUGGGAAAAAGUUUGAUUAUGAAAAGACGACCGACCGACUUCUUCAUGUGAAUGUCACAGUCAGCGAUGGUAACUACAGUACAGAGUUUCCUAUUUCUGUGGCUGUAACUAACGUCAACGACGAGAUCCCUAUAUUCGUUAAUUCGUCCUUAACGCCAACAAUAUCAGAGGAUAUGGACAAUCCGUCGUUCUACAUCCAGGCAACUGACGGUGACGUUGACGCAAUACUGUUUUACAACAUCUCCAUUGAUUCACGAAUCAGUAUCUCAAGCUCAAGUGGACUGGUUACGAUUGAUGGACAUGUCAAUUCAAGCAACAACGAUGGAAUGAAAUUCGACGUCAGUGUAUCUGACGGCAAACAUUUGACGACAGCUGCCGUGAAAAUACACGUGACUGAUGUUAAUGACAACGCUCCUAGGUUUGAGAAUUCCACAUACAUAUUCGAUGUCAACGAAGAAGAGGACAACGCCAUAGUCGGCACCGUCAAAGCCAGUGAUGCCGAUAUUGAUCCGAUAAACAAGUACAUGUUUUACAUGAUCCCCACAUUGUGGUCAUCUAACUUUACAAUAAACACCACGAGUGGUGUUAUCCGAACGACCGGAGUCCUGGACAGGGAGAAUCCCUCUGUGAGGGAGGACCAACUUGACAUAAUUAUCAUGGUGAUGGACAAAGGAUUACCACCCCUUACUGGUACCGCACUCGUUGUUGUAAACAUAAACGACGUGAAUGACCACCGACCAAAAUUUGUUCAAAAAUUUGUGUCCUACACCAUCCCCGAGGGAAAGUGUCCAUCCCCGCUUCACAACCUCACGAUUAUCGAUGAGGAUGAAGGGGUAAACCAGCGAACACAAUUCCAAAUAAUAAACGGAAAUAAUAGUUUCUACAUUAAUAACGACUCCAUGGAAUGUCAGAACAUGUCUGUCGCAGCGGGGAUCUACACCAUAAGAAUAAGGGCUACUAACCUUAAGCAUGUCAAAGGGGAAUCUUCAAACAGCGAUAUACAGACUCUCAGUCUUCAUGUCCAGGAUGUAAAUGAUAACGACCCUAUAUUCGAUCAUGACGUGUAUUCGCUGGAUUUGCAGGAAAACCAAACUGUGGGAGAACUGUUUUUCACCCCCGGCAUAAAUGCUACGGAUGCUGACACCAGUACGAAAUACAACACGGUAACUUAUGCAGUAGUCCAAGGAAAUGGAAGCUCGUAUUUCGACAUAGAUCCAUAUACGGGUAGGCUGUGGCUGAAAACUCCACUGGACUAUGAACAGGAACAGUCUCUUACACUAACUAUAUCUGCAACCGAUGGCCAUGUCAACAUACAUGAUAACACACAACACAGUGCUACUGCCAGUGUCAAUGUAUAUGUACAGAAUAUCAACGACAACAAGCCAAUAUUUACCACAGGUUUAACGAAGUGUUCGGCAUUAGAAAACGUGACUGGUGAAUUGAACUGUACAGUGAAAGCUACUGACGACGAUAAUGGUGAUAUGGGGAUCCUGACUUAUUCAUUAGUCAACCAUUCCCAGAUAUUUGAUGUGAACUCAAAAACUGGCAAUAUCUUUGUGAAAAACUCAACACACCUCGACUAUGACCAUGGUGUGCAACAUUUCGAUAUCCAGGUGUUGGCGACAGAUGGAGGUUUCCCAAAACUCAAAGGAUCUACUGUCGUGUCCAUUGACGUAGUGAAUGCCAAUGAUGAAAUUCCUGUAUUCACGAAUCAGACGUACGUGUUUGUAAUACCGGAGGCAGAACAGAGAACAUAUUAUAUAGGACAGGUAUCGGCUACCGACCAGGAUAAAGAUAGCAUUCUCACAUAUUCACUGGCGAAUUCCACAGUAAUGCAUAUUGAUAACAAGACUGGCGAUGUAUUCACAUUCGUUAUGCUUGAUUACGAAGACCAGGCACAGCGUGUGUUAAGUAAUAAAGUUAUAGCUUGGGAUGGUACCAACAGUGUGACGGCUACUGUCACUGUUAGUGUAAUCAACGUGAACGACAAUAACCCUCAAUUUAACAAGUCUACCUACAUAACGCACGUCAGGGAGAACACGGCAGCGGGUCAGCUUGUUACCAAGGUUCAAGCUUUUGACGAAGAUAAUAUGAACAAUCUUCAGUACAGUAUAGAAGGUGGCGAUGACAAAUGUGGAACAUUUGAUAUCGACAUCGCAUCUGGGGAGAUAUCCGUCAUCAAUAAAACAUGUCUCGAUUAUGAGAGACAGCAGGAGUACAUAUUAGUCGUUGAGGUGACUGACGGAGGAACUCCGCCCAGAUCGAACCAGACCAUUAUCGAAGUCAUUGUGCUAGAUGAGGAUGACGUGGCUCCUAAGUUUUUAUCGAAUACAAUGUAUGGAACUGUAAAAGAAAAUGCACCAAUCGGAACAUCCAUACUCCAGAUUUUUGUGAUAGAUCCCGAUACUCCUUUUGAAAACGUGACACUAUCGGUCAACAAUACGAGAUUCAUCUUUGAUAAUCGGACACUGUGUACCAAUUCCUCACUUAACGCAGAAGAUAUACAAUCAUAUGACUUGGAUAUUUCCGUUUCUGAUGGCGUAACUAACCAUAUCCGAUCACAACUGAUCACUGUCAAUGUGAGUGACAUCAAUGAUAAUUACCCAACGUUCAACAGCACUUCAUACGAUGACGUCAUCUCCCAGAAUGCCAAAAACGGAAGUCAUGUAUUGACGAUAGGGGCCACUGACCGUGAUAUAUCGAACUCGGGAUUUACAUUUUACAUGUCGGGUGGUGAGGGCAACUUUGUGAUCGAUAGUCAAACUGGCGUUGUGACGACUGAAAUCGACGAGCAUGUCCAUUUGUGUGUAAACUGCACAUACACGAUUGACGUACAUGUAGUAGACUACGGAGAACCCCCAAAAUCGAAUUCCACUCGGAUGGUUAUCCGUAUAGACACCGCCAAUCACAAUGCGCCAAUGUUUGAAAAUGCACCGUACAUAGUGAAUGUGACAGAACACCAGAAUUUAAGAUACAGUAUUAUGAAUGUGUCUGCGACGGACGCCGAUUGUGUAAGUCCUGGGCCGUGUGGACCCGCUGGUUCCGUGGAAUACUCUAUUCUGUCUGGAAGUCACGGACGUUUUACUAUCAACCAAACAACUGGAUACAUUUACGUCAAUGGGUCGUUAGACUACACAAAAGCAACAUCUUAUGAUUUACACAUUGAGGCGAGAGACCAAGCUGAUGAUUACAAAACAACAGAAACAACUGUUCGUGUUGAUGUCAUCGACGUAAACGAGAGACCACAUUUCGUCAAAAAUGUUACCAGUGUGUGUAGUGUUGAGGAUGUGGAAGCUGGGGAUUUAGUAGGAAUAGUAACGGCGAGUGAUCCUGACCACACCAGUCCUUUCCUUUUCGACAAGCUCACAUACAGUCUGGUCAAUGAUAAAAACAAGUUUCAUGUAAACGCAACGACAGGCAAGAUAUAUGCAUCACAAAAUGUGACAGCUAGUGUCAUUCAAAACGUCGUACUUCAGUUUGUCGUUACAGACCACGGUGGCUUGAAUGAUACCACCACUCUCCGUUUAUCCACUGGAACAAAGGGGAAACCUGUGUUUGAUAAAUCUUCGAGCUAUAUCCAUGUUCAGAUACCUGAAAACACAACCGUUCCAGUAGAGAUAGCAGAUGUCAACACCACAACAGAAGCAGCAGGAACGAUAUCAUACCACCUGACUCACCAAGGCUCCCAUACGCAGGGUUUCCGUAUAAACAAUGCGACUGGAGUGAUCGAGGCGACAAAAUCAUUGGACCGCGAAACAGAAUCCAAGAUCAUACUCACCGUAACGGCCGCCAACAGUGAAGGAGUUUGCUCCUCCUUGGUUGAUAUAGAGGUACUAGAUGUGAAUGACCAGCCACCAGUGUUCAAGGCCAGACAUACUUCAGUGUCCUUGCCGGAAUCGACGCCUGUUGGAACAUGCAUCCGAAACGUAUCGGUUGUCGACAGGGAUAUCAACCCAAAGCUAACAUUUGAGAUACUUACUGACAACAUCACGUCUUUCGGAAUUAAGAAUGACAAUGGAUCGCUUUCUGCCUGUGUUUUCAUUGUCUCUUCUCUGGACUUUGAAACGGCCACGAACUACAAUUUACUGCUACAAGUCACUGAUGGGAAAUUUAACGACACCAUGAGCUUAGCUGUUGUGGUGCAAGACGUAAACGACAAUGCUCCUGUAUUCGCAAAUCAAACAUACCACACCUCAAUAACAGAGGACACCUCUGUCGGCUCCAGCUUCUAUCAACUUCGUGCCAUCGAUGCAGAUCACUUGGAUGACGGAAAGCUCCAGUAUAUCCUUAUCAAUGAUAAUUAUGGUCAGUUUUCCGUUCGGAGUGACAAAAGCAUAGGAUAUGUUAUUCUCAAUCAUCACCUUGACCGUGAAGCCAAUGCGUCAUAUAUCCUGGAGUUUUAUGUCAUAGAUACUGCUAAUCACACGAACUCGGCGUCCUUGAAUAUAACAGUGCUAGACGUAAACGACAACCAGCCACAAUUCCAAAAAGAUAUCUACAACGUGACAGUGAAGGAGGGUCCUUACAGUGACUCACUUACCAUCGAAACCGAGGCUGAUGACAGUGACGAAGGGCCAAAUGCUAAGUUAAAGUACAGUAUAAUAUCACAGGACUUCGGGCACCACUUCAGUAUCAAUAGCACCACGGGUACCAUUGGUGUUUUGACAUCACUUAACCGAGAGGAUACGUCCAUAUAUACACUGGUGAUUCAGGCAGCUGAUGAUGGCGAAACGAAUUUGUCGGGAACUGCAACGGUGCUUGUAAACGUUGAAGAUAUCAAUGAUUGUGCCCCCGAAUUCCUCCAGACAACAUACAGCGCCGCAGUGAUGGAAGGGUCGCCUUCGGGCACCUCCGUCAUUCACCUAACAGCUGUGGACAAUGACGUCCUUCCUAUAAAUAAAAAUGUAUCCUACUCAAUAUUAGAUGAUUCAGACCUGUUUGGAGUCGAUGAGGAUGGCAUGCUGACCUUGAAGCAAAAGGUUGUUCUUGGAACUCAUCCGACACCGUACAUUAUACAAGUUGAAGCAACUGAUGGGAACUACAGUUCAAUGGUGAACGUCACUAUCAGCGUAAUUGACGUUAAUGACCACGACCCUGUCUUCAACAAAACAUUCUACUUGUUUUCGGUUCCUGAAAACGACGAGUUUGCAUAUCCUCCGAGUGUAUUUGUGGGCAUAGUUUCGGCUAGCGAUGCCGACCCGGGGAGGAACGGUGAAGUCUCAUACAGUAUCCUGUCCACCGAUGUACCAGUGUUUACCAUCUCUCAAGAAAAUGGGUCUAUAGCAACAAACGGUACGCUGGACAGAGAUAGAUGUGUCAACAGCAGGUAUACAUUUACCGUCAUCGCUACGGACAAUGGCAACGCUACACGCACAGGAUUCGUGGAAGUCACUGUGACCAUCACUGAUGUCAAUGAUAACCGACCCAACUUUACAAGCUCUCACUACGACGGAAAUAUCGUCGAGAACUCCGUUGUUGGAACUGAGGUUAACAUUCAUCCUGCCAUUAUUGCCAAUGACAUUGAUGCUGGGGACAACGGGACAAAUGGCAUAGUAUUUUAUCUCUCGACGGAUUCUCCAUUUAUAAUCAACAACACAACUGGCAGGAUAUUUGUCAACAAUGCAAUUCUUGAUCGUGAAAAACAAGACACUUAUGACCUAAUGGUGUUGGCAGUAGAUCAGUCAGGGUCUGGGAAUAACAAUUCGGCUUCACUCACCAUAAAAUUGACAGAUGCCAACGAUGAAUCACCUGUAUUCACACACAACAUUUCCGUUUUCAACAUCAACGAGAGUGUUCCAAGUUCCUACACUGUCGGAACUGUGCACACGUUAGACGCUGAUAUCGAUGGCAACGUGACCACAAGAUAUGACAUCGACAGUGGGGGAGACGGCCGCUUCUAUAUAGAUCCAAUACAAGGUGACAUAAUAGUAACUGGUGGAUUGGACCGAGAACAGAAAGGGAACUAUACUCUCAUUAUCCGAGCAUCUGAUGGCCUGAACUAUGCUACAGCGGAAGUCGACAUCAUACUCGAAGACGCCAACGAUAACGCUCCCAUAUUCCCCUCCAACCCAGUUGUCAUCAAUGUCACAGAAAGCAACGCCAAUGUUUCAGGAAUACACAACUUUACGGCAUACGAUCCUGACCUUGGAGAAAAUGCACGGUUGUCAUUUUUUAUUAAUAAAAGUGAUACCUCAAUAUUUACCGUUUCCGAAGACGGAAUUUUGAGCACGACCAAGCCAAUAGACAGAGAAACAAAUGCGUCUUAUUCGUUCCUUGUACACGUCCAUGACAACGGGACACCAUCUUUGUCUUCCAGUGUGAUGGUGAUAUGCCAUGUCCUAGAUAGUAACGAUAAUUACCCAAUAUUCUAUGAUUCAAAUGGGAAUGAAACAAUUCAUUUUAGGACGUUCAUACUGGAAAAAUCACCAAUCGACUCUCCUGUCUUCUUCCCGUACGUCAGAGACAAAGACUUGGGCUUGAACAGCCUUGUACAUUUCCAGCUUUUGGGGGCUGAAAAAGAUCUGUUUAAUUGCAAUGCUAACACGGGUGUGGUUACCAUCGCAAAAAGAAUAGAAAUAAAUUCGUUACUUGAAGGUAAAGGAGACAAUGAGACAGCAAGCUAUGUAGAUGUCACGCUUGUGGUAGAAGCGAGUGACGAAGGACAUCCUUCAAGAAGUACUAACAUGACUUUGCAUGUAACAGUUGAGCAAAUUAGUGACGAAAACCCUGUAUUUGUCCACAAUUUGUACGAGUUCAACGUUUCCGAGUCUACGUCUAAUGGAUCAUACAUAGGAGUGGUAAAAGCAUUGAUGCCAAAUGUCACAAACUUUCAUCUGACUUACUCUUUCGUCAUGACAACCAACUUACUGAUACUCGAGAAAGAAUCGGGGAAAAUAAAACUGAAUAGCGCACUAGAUCGGGAGGAGAGUGAAAGAUACACAUUUGCAGUCCAAGUUACAGAUGGGAAAACUCCAGAGAGAACUGCUUUUACAAUGGUAAACAUCAAUGUAACAGACGUCAACGACAACCCUCCACACUUUGACCAGCUGUCAUAUGUGUUUACUGUAACGGAGGGUAUUUACACCAUGUUCGAAAUCGGGAAAAUUUCAGCUACAGACAGGGACACCGGACGAAAUGCUAUGAUUCAAUACAGCUUAAAUAACUAUACAGGUGAUAUUUUCAGCGUGGACAAAACAACGGGUGGUCUUGUCAUUAACGGUACACUAGACAGAGAAGCAAACGCAGAAUUUACCCUGAUUGUGCAGGCUGAUGAUGACGGACUGCAGCCUCUCAAUGAUACAGCCGUCGUCAGGGUGGUGAUCCAGGAUGUCAACGACAACUCACCACAGUUCCAAUUGACCAAUUAUACAUGUUUUGUGUAUGAGAACGCGCCCUACAAACAGAUAUGUAAUAUAUCGGCAACGGAUGACGACAUGGGUGAUAACGGAACGGUUGUCUACAGUAUACAAGAGAACAACAUUCCCUUCUAUAUCAAUCCUAUAGAUGGGACUAUUUGGAAGUCCGGACUCACCGAUUUUGAGACUAAGAACACAUAUAACCUGACAUUAGAGGCACGUGAUCUGGGAUCUCCGGAACGCAGCUCUAGUGUAUCCUUGGUUAUAACUAUUGGUGACGUGCCGGAUACAGCCCCUCACUUCCCACAUCGUAUGUACAACGUUUACACGUCGCCCUUCAUACCCCCUGAUACCGUACUGUUGAACGAGACGGCAGGAAAUGGUGACGUCACGUACACAAUCUCCGAUGGUCCACGUGAUGUGCUAGAUACUUUCUAUAUUGAUCCAAUGAACGGCGUGAUAUCGGUGCAAAAACUGAUGGACGCCAAGAAGUCAACAUAUAUAUUGACUGUACAGGCAGAGGAGGCAAAUUUGACGGACACGACUGUGGUUGUCAUUCAUUUGCGUAAUGAACCUGCCAGCUUCAACCAAAGCAAUUUCACUGUCAGCGUAAAGGAAAAUCAUCACGUUGGACUGUUGUUAGAUCUAAAUACUACUGAGGAACUGGCAGGAAUACCUGUCCACUACACCCUCAUCUCAGUUAAACCUGAAGAGAUCAAAUUCGUGGUAAAUAACACGACUGGACAAAUAUACUGCUCAGGAAACCUAGACAGGGAACAAGCUCAGAUAUACAUCCUUGAAGUGUCCGCAGAGAUCGUGCGAAACAGUAGAAAAAGUGGAAGGUCGAAACGAUCCUUUGGUGACUCCCUAGGUCAGGUCACAGUGACGGUCUGGGUCGGGGAUGAGAAUGAUAAUCCUCCUACGUUUUCCCUCGGUAUGAAGCAUGUGUAUCGUGUACCAGCAAGUUUGAAGUUGGCGUCAAAAGUGGCUGAGUUGCAGGCAUUUGACCCUGACGAAAACAGCAUCAUUACAUACCAACUAGAAAAUAGUGGCGACCUUCCAUUCUUCCUCGAGAGCGACAACAAAACCAGGAUACUUUUAAAGAGUCCUCUAGAAGUAGGCUCCUACCAUCUGACGGUAUCGGCCAUAGAUGAGGGUGGUCACUCGUCGGACGUUAAUAUUACGAUUAUAACUAUACCAGAUACUGACAGACUUACAUACGUGAUUCCGAUGUCCCCUCAAGACUUUGAGAAACAAGAAAAGGCAUUAAUUGCAAACUUGAGUUCAGUUCUCGGAGUUAAUAUCACGAUGGAGGGAUACAAAACACACAUAUCCAAAGAAGUAGAGCCAAGCAAGACAGAUCUCCUUCUGUUCGCUACAAACAGGACAAGUGGUCGUCUUCUGUCAAGAGAUGAACUGAGUAGCCUGAUCAGUGCCAAGUUUGCCGACAUAUUUAAGCUCUUUAAAUGUAACUCUGACACCUGUUACAUCCAGACUGUCCCCGUCAAACAUUCAGUAAAUGUGAUGACGGCUCCGGAGAUAGCACUUCUAACAAUAGCUGUAUUAAUAUUCGUCGGCUGUGUGCUUGUGAUCAUCGCCGGUAACCAUGUAUGGAAACAGUUUGACACAGCUAGAGAACAAGAGGUAAAAAUGUGGGAACUUGAGAGCUUCCGGUCGGACAGCAGAAGUCAUGCCGCCGCUGGUACCAUCAAUCCCAAUAAAGAGACAUCCUUUGCAAGUUUAGAUAAUGGUGGCGAUUUGUCAUCUGGACUAGCUGCCAACAAGAAGAGAACUGUACUUUAUGAGUCUCAGGAAUUGACGAUGAAUUUUGAUAAUGAUGCAUUUGUUCUCGAACCCCCCGUGGCAAAUGGUGCAGACAGUGGAGUGGAAAAUGAUUCCUCAUCCAGCUCUAGUAACAUGGACGACAACGAGUCCCCCAGGCCCGCUGUGUACCGCGAUACAAGUACCUUGGGGAAGGUGAAAGGAAGGAAGCAUCUUAAACAGGGCGCGUCAGGAUCAAGCAGUAUUAGUACGCUAUCGUUACCAUCACAGCAACAACCAAUUCUGGAUAAAACGAUACUACAGAUUGAAAUGGAAACUGGAACCACGAGCGAAGACGAUCUGGACAUUGAUCACAAGGACACCGCGUCCAUUAGUUCAACUGAUAUCAAAUCUACGAACAUAUCGACUCAGUCGAUGGCCAAUUCUGAAACGCCAGAACAAUUAGUGACAGUUGUGACAAAAGAAAAUGAUCAAGCGGUGGCCACUUCAAAUUCAGAUACCAUAAACCUUCAUACGGACACGGUGCCGUCCGGAACUUCAGAUGGUGAUCCAACAGAUAAGGAUAUCGAGGAAGAAAUGGUGACCUCGUUUUAAUAUUUCCAGAUACUACGUAUGACUUAAGUAUAACUUGUUAUGUACCUCUGCAAUGAUCAACACCAAAAAAAAAUCAUAAAAUGUAUGUUUAUAUAUCAUUUGAUGCUAAGCAUAAUGUGUAGUUAUUAAUGAGUAUGCGACAGCUUAAUACAUUUAGGCCAAUGAUUUAGAUCCCAAUGUCUCAUUCCCAAUGGGGAGGAUGAUUAUUUUACGCUUACCAUGUUUAUCCGCCUUUGUAUCAAGCAUUGGUGUUACAUCAAUGCAAUAAAUGUAGAUGUUACGUAAUGACGAAUUUGUCAAUGAAGGAAUGACAGAGAAAUCACACCCUAGUGGUUGACAGAGAAGCGAGUAAAAAGGGCGCUUACUCUGUGAAUGAUGGGAAAAUAACUGUUUUUAUCAUUAUAUAUAUGAAAGAGAAUAAUGAAGAGUGAACGAAUGUGUGUUUUUAUGUACAAGGGGUGUGAGAGUGUCAUGGUGCUCUGGUACAGUAGUACUACUGAUGUUGCAAGGGAAAUGAAAGUGUCAAAAUAGUCUAAAACAAUAUAUCAUUAUUUAAAACAGUUAUGUCUCUAUCUUAUUUCUUUCCUUUUUCAUGUUUUACAAAUUAACAGAAAUGAUAGAUUACCUCAUGAUAAUACAUGCAAUACAAAAGAGUGUAUAUUACCAAAAGUAUAUAGCUCAUAUUACAUAAUACAUUCGUGGCAUAAUGAAUGAAUAAUUGUUUAAGUUAAACGAAGUUGAACUUUGUUUUCCAAGAAUAUGUAUUUAUAAAUGUUUUGAUUCUUUUGUUUGUGAAAUAAUCAUGCCAAAUGUUCUCUUCAACAUUAUGAUUAAUUAAAAUGUGUUUUAUAUUCUUAUUUAUCUCUUGUACAAAUAAGACUCUUGAAUGAAA